UUAAAAUCUGUGUCCUUUAUUUUUCACUCUCUCAUCAACGACUUUCUUCAACUCCACCCAACCCAGCAUUUUUGCUUCGCGGCCAUCAAAUAUUCAGACAGUCUUUGGCAACUCCGACUAAAUUCGAAAUCAAACAGAAAAUGGCUGGUAUUACGUGUCUAAAACACUGUCUCACCAAUCCAAUCUAUCCAACCUCACAACCAAACCCUCAAUUAGGUCAAAAGAUCAAUUCAAUCAGAAUUUCAUCAAAAAAAUUGCUUCUUAAUCAGCACUCACAAAAUCUCUCUAUCUACAAUUCAAACCGUUCCAGAUUUGGGUUUCAAAUUCGAGCAAAAGAAAACGACGAUGUUACGACUGAUCCUAAACCUUUAGAAGAGAUUGUCAGUGAAGGAAUUGCAACAGCAGUUGCAGAGUUACCAAAGAAUAAAGAAAUUACUAAUUUGAAGAAGGAUUUGGUUGAUUUACUUUAUGGUACUGAUCGUGGAUUAAGAGUAAGUACUGAAACUAGUGCUCAAAUCCUUGAACUCAUUACUCAACUUGAAGCCAAAAAUCAACCAACUCAAGACUUGACUCUUCUUAAUGGAAAAUGGAUUCUGCAGUACACAUCGUUCACGGGGUUGCUGCUGUUGCUGGGGAGAGGAACGUUGUCAUUAGUGAAGGUGGAGGAGAUUUCCCAGACGAUAGAUGCUGAGAAUUUAACGGUCCAGAAUUCGGUUGUAUUUGCUGGGCCGUUGGCUACCGCUUCAUUGACAACCAAUGCCAAAUUUGAAGUUACGAGUCCUAAACGUCUUCAGAUAAAAUUUGAGGAAGGAAUCAUUGGAACACCCCAACUGACCAACUCCAUUGAGUUUCCGGAGAGCGUAGAGUUUCUUGGACAGAAAAUCGAUUUCACACCUUUCAAGGGUUUGAUUACACCCAUUCAAGACACUGCAGCGUCUGUCAUCAAGUCCAUAUCUAGUCAACCACCAUUAAAGAUCCCCAUCACAGGUGACAAAGCGCAAUCGUGGUUAUUAACGACAUAUCUUGAUGAUGAACUUCGCGUCUCAAGGGGAGACGGAGGAACAAUAUUCCUUCUCGUCAAGGAAGGCAGUUCCUUAUUGACACCAUAAAUGUUAAUUUUGAUACAUCCUCAUAGGGUACAGUAUAAAGAUUACACUGUUUUAGGUUCAUUUUGCAGUAUCACGUUAAUGUUUAGAUUAAUAAUGUUUCAUACCAAUUGAUUCCUUAAUAAUGUUGUAGAUUUUACAAAACGUUGAAUAUAUGCACCAAAUCAUUGCAUAAUACGGCCAUAGUGGAUGGUCGCUUAAUGUACAACUCAAAUGUAUUAAAAGCUAAGGAGUCGAGGUUGGCAGGAUGACUGCA